AUGGCCCUCCUGGCUCAAACUCUGACACUGCUAGCAAUGGCUGUGGCCACCAUGGCCAUCAAGGUGGUGCCCCUGGACAUGGCCCGGGACUCGUUUGAUGACCGAUAUGAGGGCUGUGACCCUGCCAUGCACGCAAUGUUGCCAGAUCUCUACAGCUUUGAGCGCCAGAUGAAUCAUCUCUUUGCCUGGGGCUGGUAUCAGGCUGAAGCUGAGUGGCGCAGGCGGGGCUCUCUUGUGUCCCCUCUGCCAUCCAACUGGCAUGCCAUUGCUCUCAUGGCCUACACAUCGCCACAGGUGUACAAGGAGUUCAACACGGCGGUGCGCACAGGUGGGCACUCCCGUCAGGAGUACUUGAAGCACUUCCACUUCAAAAUGUUGCAUUUCCUACUGACUGAUGCCUUGGUGACACUGAGGCAGGCUCAGAACUGGCAGUGUCGCCGCGUGUUCCGGGGUGUGCAUGAUGUUCAUUUUCAGGCACAGCAAGGCAAGAGGGUCCGGUUUGGUCAGUUCACAUCAACGUCACUGAGCAAAGGGAUUGCUCUCGAAUUUGGGGCAGACACAAUUUUCGAAGUGCAGACAUGCCACGGCGCCGACAUCCGUCAGUUCUCCAUGUAUCCAGAGGAGGAGGAGGUGCUGAUCCCACCAUAUGAGACCUUCACAGUCACCCAAGUCAUCUGGGAUGGGAGGAGGACAUGGAUCUGGCUCCGCUCUGCCGGGAUCUUCAGCAAAUACAACUGUGAGGUGGGAGGGUCCCCACAGAACCUUGUCACCUCUGAGGAUUCCUCCUGGCCAUCACACACCUGGCAUGGGCCACUGGGAUCUUCUGAGCUCUAG